UUCAUUCUGAGAGUAAAUGAUCAAGGGUGCGGAUCUCUGUCUCUUUUUUUCCCCCCACUACGUUUGGAUACCAAAACAAAACCGAGAGAGAGUUUUUUGUUUCAACUUGGCAAAGAUGUCUGGAUAUUUGCUUACGUUGGUUUGUUUGGUAUUAAGUGCGCUGAUACUAACGAUGGGGCCACAUCCUGCAGAUACAACGCUAUUAACAGGUGGCAGAGGAGGGGCAAGUCAAGAGAGCGUCAUGGGAUUUAAACGGGCGAUAAAACAAAGAACAACAAGAGAUUUGUGUGCAACAAUAAGGAAUGAAUAUCUAGGAUGUGCAACCAAUGGGUGCAGAGACGCUAAAGAUACUGCAUACGCAACGCAUUGUGGAGCGAGAAAGAGGACAUUCAAUGUCGACAGCAGUCAGUUCUACCUACGCCCGCGAAACUAUAGAGGGCCUCGUCACUGACCAGCUGCGCCCAAAAGAGGACACCCCUCCGCGUUCGUUAA